AGAAGAUCACGAAAUAGAAGAACUCGACCACUGCUACCCCCCUUCAUGUUAUCGAUCACCAUGUCGGCGUAGAACGAAAACAUAACACAGAACAACCAUUCUGUUCCGACACGGAGUCUUUAAGAUGGCAGGCGAGGAGGAGAGGGGGGUGGUUCGUGUCAAAGUCAAGAAAUGUGACGGGGUGCUUCCUGUGGAGUUUCGCUCCUUUGCUGUUGAUCCUCAGAUAACGUCACUGGAGGUCCUGCAGCACAUACUUAUCAGAGCCUUUGAUUUGAAUGGGAAGCGGAAUUUUGGGAUCAGUUACCUGUCUCGAGAUCGGAGUGGUGCUGAAACGUAUACGUCUCUGCUGUCUGACUGGGAUUUGGAUCUUGCAUUUGUCAGUGCAGCCAAACCAUAUCUGCAGCUCAAGAUGGACAUAAAACCUUCAGAAGACAGUCCUGUAAUGGAGGACUGGGACAUCAUAAGCCCUAAAGACGUGAUCGGCUCUGAGCAGCUUCUUGCAGAGAGGACUAAGUCUCUGGCAUCUGCAGCUCUCCCCUUCACCCAGUCUCUACUAUCCCAGGUUCCUUCCCUUUUCUUUAACCUUUCUCAUCUAGUCUCAAUGAGUCAGAAUCUUUGCUUAUGUGCUUGUUUCUCUUGUGUUCAGGUGGGGCGGACCUUGUCUAGAGUCCAGCAGGCCUUCAGCUGGUCUUAUGGGGAGGAGAUCAAGCCUUUCAAGCCUCCUCUGAGCGAUGCUGAGUUUCACAGUUACCUCAAUGGACAGGGCCAGUUGACACGACCUGAGGAGCUCCGACUGCGAAUCUACCAUGGUGGUGUGGAGCCUUCACUGCGCAAGGUUGUUUGGCGAUACCUCUUGAACGUCUACCCUGAUGGACUGAGUGGACAGGAAAGAAUGGACUACAUGAAGAAGAAGACAAGGGAGUACGACCAGCUGAAGAGUGAGUGGACUGCCCGGGUCACUCACGAGGACCUUGAAUUUAUCCGUGGAAAUGUUCUCAAAGACGUCCUGAGGACGGACCGGGCUCAUCCAUAUUACGCAGGCUCAGAAGACAGUCCGCACUUGACUGCCCUGACAGACCUGCUCACUACAUUUGCCAUCACACAUCCCCAGAUAUCAUACUGUCAAGGCAUGAGUGAUAUUGCCUCCCCUAUACUUGCAGUAAUGGACAAUGAGGCACAUGCCUUCAUUUGCUUUUGUGGCAUUAUGAAGCGUUUGGAGGGGAAUUUCCGGCCAGAUGGGCAGCUCAUGUCCAUUAAGUUCCAGCAUCUAAAGCUGCUCCUGCAGUACUCUGAUCCCGAGUUCUACUCCUACCUGGUGUCCCGAGGAGCCGACGACCUCUUCUUCUGUUACCGCUGGCUGCUUCUGGAGCUCAAGCGAGAAUUUGCGUUUGACGAUGCUUUGAGGAUGCUUGAGGUUACCUGGAGCUCCCUGCCCCCGGAUCCUCCUGAAACCGAAGUGGAGCUUCUUGGACCACCGCUGGAGACAGAUGAAACAAUGACCCGCAGAGACGAAGACAAGGCAGUUGAGAACUGCCUUGAAGAUGAUAAGGAACAAAAAGAGAAGCAGCGUAGGCGACAUAUGCUGAGGCCUUCAAGAGAAGAACCAGAUGUGAGCAGGAAUGCUGUCAUAGAAGAAAAAGACAGGCAAAAUGCUGGUGCUGGAAAUGGAAGUGAGGCCAGUGAUUAUGAUAGUCACCAAGUGAGCGGGGAAAAGGCAGAUCUGAAGGUUCCUCCUUUAGAGAGGCAAACUAGUUUUGGAGAUUUUAAAUACUAUACUGCCCGGAAUGAAGAUAGUUUUGAUAUGGAAGAUGCUGAGCAGCCACAGGGUUUGGUGGUUUCAAAGUCAGUACCAAGCAUCGCGAGGCGGCAGUCCACAGUUGACAGUGAGGAGGACCCAGGAGAGAGGACACCUCUCAUAAAAAACUGUGACAAUGGUUUCUCUCCAAUGUCAUCACCUCCCCUCUUUCCUAGUGGCCUACCAAUGUGGAAAACUGGCUCCUCUGUCUCUCCCACAUCUUCGACUUCACCCUCCAGUUGGCCGGGAGCUUCUCCAGAGUCUCCUCCAAAAUCCACACCCGCACCCACAAUGAAUGGAAGAGAGGCCUUACCAAGAACUGUUCCGAAAGUCUUGACUUCCUCUGCCCAAGUGCUCAGCAGCACAGGGAUCAACUCACCCACAACUCCCACUGUAAAAACAUCUGUUGCGUCUCCCUCGCAUACUCAGAAUAGAUCCCUACUCUCUUCACCUAUUUUGUCCUUUGGAAGAGGCCCCUUGCUGUCUGGCAGCAGGUCGUCCUCCAAUAAUCUCCCUUCACCUGGCAACAAAACCCCCAGCACAACAGCUAACACACCCAGUUCUUUGAAAGCUGAGACCACCAGCAUCAAACCGUGUUCUCUGCCGCCUCCUCAAGAGUUCGGCAAAGGCAAUCCCUUCAUGCUGUUCCUGUGCAUGUCCAUCCUGCUGGAGCACCGUGACCACAUCAUCAAGAACAGCUUGGAUUACAAUGAGCUAGCCAUGCACUUUGAUCGCCUUGUGCGGCGCCAUAACCUGAGCAGGGUGCUGCAGCGAGCCAAGGCCUUAUUUGCAGACUAUUUGCAGAGCGAAGUGUGGGACUCGGAGGAAGGGGAUGAGGUGAGCUCGGACUCCCCAACAACAGCUAAUGCUGCUCAACACUCCCCUUCUCCAACCAUCUCUGCUCAGCGCAUUUACAGCCCUUUAGCAUCGCCUCAGUCAUCAUCUCCGAACUCAACCUAUAACCUUGCAACCACAAUUCCCUCCCCAACAGCUCAAGUUGCCCUUUCCCCCACUUCCUGAUUCCAUCAUGCAUCAUUCGCUUCCCAUCCUCAGUUGAACUCCUCAGAAGACUGACUGUGGCCCGUUGGAGGUGUCGGUCUUUUUUUAGUCAGCCUUCCAAAUUGAAUAGGGCUGUUAAUAAUCUACUCAUUCUGUGUAUGCUUGAAUAUAUAUUUAUAUUCCUUAUGUCAGUAUUCAUUGUAAGGUUUUGUUUUUUCAUCAACCCUUCCAGUUGACGGACGAGUCGUCUGUCCUUGGAAAAGCUGAUGAAAGAGCAUUAUUUUCUCGUUGUUUCCUCUGAGGUUGCUGAUGCAUGACAUGUUGAACCCUGUGAUUCAGGCGUUUGAUGGUCAGACAAUAGGACUGUCUGAGUUUUGCCAUAACCAACAAAAGUUUAGCCACUUGGUGCAUUUAGCCUGUGUUGCCCUCUUUACUAACUUUGUUUACAUUCUCAUGUUAUGUCCAAUAAGCCACACAAGUGUCUUAACUAAAGCACUCAAAUCAGUUAAAAAACAAAAGGGAAAAUUCAGACUCAGUUGUUGAAAGUCAAGGUUUAAAUGGCUCCUGUUCAUAAGGAGUUUUACAGAAACAGCUCAACUUGUGAACCAAAAUCUAAAUUAGUCAUAAGAUAAACUGAUGACAAAGCCAGCCCACAUACCUAACCUUCCUGACCCAGCUCGCCACCAUUAACCUGAAAGGGAAAAUCGACAAUACAUUUUUGUAAGGUGGAAAACUGCUGCUGAGGUUCUGUCUAAAAGUGUGUUCAGACAGAACAAAACUAUAAUUUUAGAUGUGGUGCAGUUGCAUACAAAUCUCAGUAAAAGAUGCACAAGGGUUCAAAUACAUGUGAAAAAUUCAUGCAGAAACUGGAGCUCCUGGUGAGCUCCGUUGUUUGCUUUGUCUACGGCCGGAUCACACUUUAAAGGCCAGAUUACACCAGCAUUUAUUACAGUGAAAGUUUAGGCCAAAAUCAUUUGGUUUCAAAGGGAUGAGCCGAUUAGCUUUGGACGAGAGCUUUUACAUAGAAUACAUCUCUGGUGAAGUUUGACACAAAUUUGCAAUGUUAACCAAUUCAAACUGUGUCUUUCCAUCCGGCUGUGUGUAACUACGCUCAGCCAGAGAAUAAGCUGGAAUGAAUUUCUGGUAUGACGAGGAAUUGAAGCUUGAAACCCCUCCAGCAUUUGGUCUUCUCACGAUACCCUAGCCUCAUUUGUGACCUCAAGAUUCAAUACCUUACUCUGUAUUUCAGACACAAACGUUCUCUAUACAGAUCUUUGGGGAAAUAUACAAACAUUUUUUAUCAGCUUGACCAGCAGCUAGUAGUAUAUCUUCAGCAUUAUAUUACAGUCUCAUAGAUGUCUGCUGUCCACCUGGAAUAAAUCAACAUAUAUAGAUAAGGCCUGUGUUUCUGCGGUGCCCUGGUAGCCUAGAGGUUAAGAUGCAAACCAUAAACCAUAAUGUCCCCAUCUCAGGUCCAGCCAGGGACCCAUGUUUCAUGUUUUUCCCCUUUCUCUUUCCCCACAUUCCUGUCAGCUCUUCUAUAAUAAAGGCUUAAACUGGCCAAAAACAGUCAGAAAGUUUUCCAAGGCCCUGCCCAGGCAUGCCUCAACAAGCACAGCUGAGCAGAGAGCACAGUGCAAGUCUGGAAAUAUUGCCUUUAAAAUGUAGGUAUCAUUAUUUUUAUCCCUGGGCAGACUGUAGACCUUUAUUAUAUCAUGAAGUACCUUUUACAGAUGUAACAAGCUGCUGGACGAGAUGUUACUUUUCCCAAAGGUUUGGUGAGGUCGAGUAGGAAGCAAAAGAUCUCACUUACUCUGGUUCUUUAAAUCUGUUUUAUAAACACAGAGACAAGAGGAAAAAGUUCAGAGUUAGUCAGAGGCUCAUUCCCUCACACUAAGGUGGAGCGUCUGUUGCUAGCUUACAGCUAACGUUUGUGCCAUGUGCAUCUUGGCUGUUUGGGGCGAACACACUACAGAAUGAUCCAGCAUUAAAAUUCAUGCAAAUCACUUUAAGACAAAAAAAUUUGCUUUACUUUCUGUCUGAACACAUUUUGAGAAAAUAAUGAUGUCAGAGUGAUGUCAUCAGGGUCAUCUCAGUUUGGGCUUGGAGACUACAACUUUAUAACAGAAACAACCUUGAGGUGCAGUUUGAAAGACGGUGUAACAGAAGUUGCACUGAUCUUACAGCGUGCACAGCUUGUCUGUGGUUUUCUUUAUUUACAAAUGUGAGUGUUACCCUCAAUAUGUCAGAAUAUUUUUCAAAACCUUAAUACACCAUUUACUCAUCCAAACACAUUGUUCUAAAACAUUUUCCUGCCAGAUUCAACUUACAAUUUGUCAUGACAUGAAAUUAAAUCUGAGUAAUGUUUAAUGAGAACAUGGAGGGUGAUGGGUGUAAGGUGUGUGGGGGAAAUGUCACACAUGCAAUAUCUGCUAGAUCAUUACUUUGAGAGUUAAUGUUAUUUAUGUCUUUGUCUCUUUAUAUCAAUGUCGUUUUAUUUCAUACUUGUGAAAAUGUUAAAAAAGGACCUGCAAGGGCAUUACUUCCUUUAUAAUAACAAACUCCUGAGCUAAACUGUUUUACAGCUUUCUGGCUGGAAAUGGAAACUAUAGUGUCGGUGCUCAUAUGUAAAAAACGAGCUACCAGAAGGAGGAGAUCAAAUAAAUUUCAUCCCUUUUUGGAGCGAGCACCACAGGAGAUAACAUCUGAAGUUUUUAGAAUAAAAACUUAGAGCACAUCAUGUGCGUCAGUGAAGCCUUCAGCCAAUAAGGACAAAGUUCUGUUGUUCCAGUCGGUGCAGCAGGAAAAAACUACAGCAGCCUUGCUCUAACAAGGUUUUAAUGUCAUGUGACAUGGUGACGUUCUGCAGCACCUGCGAAAGUCGGACAAAAUCUCUAACCAGCAUGCAUCAUGUUAAGUCAGCGCUGCGCGGCGCUGAAAAGUCAGAUGAUAAAGAGAUCCUAUUGAAUUGCAUCAUGGGAAAUGGAGGAUCCGGUGUUUUGGGAGCCCAACUGAAAUUCACUGAUGCCUCUGCUGCUUCACUUUUCUCCUUCCUCCUUUUAGUGCACAAAUUCAAGACACAUUGCUGUUGUGAACCGGUGUUGUGUUGGAUUUUUCCUUUUACUCUUCCAAAGUGCUGUUGCAUCUGGACUUGCUGGCGCAGUGAGACACCCAGAGACCUGGGUCUAAACAGAAUAAUGUUGCAGUGGCCCGUACAUUCCACCACUUUCAGACUGCACUUGUACAUUACUUAUAAAUUGCUUCAAUCAGCAAAACAAAACUUUCUAAAAGUUUAAUGUUGGUUAAAUGGCUCACUACUUCUGUACCUUACUUCUGUUCUUACCCAAGUGCAGUGUAGGCGAGGUGGAGGGGACGUGUGACUGAUGAUUUCAAAGACUUUGGGUCAGUGCAAUGUAUCAGUGAUAUGUUCAGAAGGAGGUUUAACAUUGGUUAAACAAUUUCCUUUUUUUUUUCUUUUACAAUUUUUUUGUUUUUCUUGUUUGUUUUUACAGUUUUGAAUGUGACUCAGCCAAUCACAAAGUCUCAAGUCCAACUUUGGUGCAUAGCUAGGGUCUCCAUAGUUACAACAGGACAAACCAGCGGAUCCUUUUUGUAUUGAUGACAUCACAUUGAGUAGAGACAUGUUGUCAUGUAGUUAUGUUAUACUAUGAAGAUAUGUGGAUGCAGUACUGUAGGGAGCAGUUUGGUGUUGAUCUACAUGUACAAAUACCAUUCUGUUGACACACUGUAUGUGCUGGACUCAUACAUUCAAACUACAACAGUAGUGAAGGAAGUACUGUACAUUAUUUAAUGCUUUGGUGGGUCAUUAUUCAAAGACGCAUCAUUUUAGCACUUUGGUUAUUGCUGUUUCCCAAAGACUGUCUUUUUGCUCUGUUGGUCUGUAUUUUGAUUUCAAUGAAACCACUGAAAUAUAUAUGUCUAUAUGAGGCUAAUUUAAUGCACAAUUGCAGGUAUCACAUAUGACAGUCUUUGUAUUUGCUUUCUGACGUUGCUGAAGGUAGAGAAAAAGUAAUAACUGAGUCCUGGCUGUAUAAUAUCUUUACAAUUGGAGUGGAAUAUGAUGUGAUGGCCAUGGCCAAAAAUAUAAGCCUAUGUGCAACCUUUUGGCAGAGAAGUGCCUCACUUGUUUGAAUCAGUAGCCUUGAUUUAUAUUUUCUUUUGUGCACUUAUGUCUACUUUGUUCAUCAUACAGACUGAUCUGAAAGCCAGUUUUAGGACUGAGAGAUAUUUGAAUUAAAUAAUUUGAAUGCGUCAUA